AAACUGCCUUGACAGCAUCUUCACAGGACAAUUUGGGGUUUGGGGUUUAAGGGCAGUGAGUGAGUGAAAGAAAACAAGAUGGAGAGAGCAAGCAGAUUGGUGAGUGGAGCUAUGAGAGCAACGAACAACAACACAGUGAUCAACUUGUUCUUGUUCGGAUCGUUUGUGGCGUUGGGAAUCAGGUCGGUGAAUCAACAGAAAGACAUUGAAUCCUUAGAAGCAGAGAAGGAUUCACUUGUUAAGGCUAAUAAAUCUCUGAAGAAGACUAUGUGGGAUUGGAAGCAACAACUUUAUGCGGAAGCCUCUAAUGAAUCCUUUCCUGUUCCUCUCUUUAAACUCAAAGCCAUUUAUGGCGAAGCGCCCGUCCAAGCCCAACAAAAUGGUGUAGAUGGGGAGACCGCAAAGGAAGAGUCAAAAUCUUCUGUACCAAAAUUUGUAAUAUGAGAAAUUUUGAACAAGUUCUUGAAGAUACUAAGGUUGUUAGAGAGACUUCACAAAAGACUAUUAUCUGUCAUCGAUGUCAAUACUGUCUAGUGGAACUGCUGCUCCUCAUACACACCCUUCUUUUUCAGGGACAAUGUCUUCUCAAGGACAGUAUUUUGAGUUUAUGAGCUGAUUUCUUGAGUUCCUAGUUUGACAAAACUUACAUGUGUUGUCAGCAACAGAAUGCUUUUUAAGAUCACCAUCUUCAAGCUCAUGAUCAAGAAAUGUUCUGUGCUGCUGGUUGAUCUGCUUUUUUCGCCUUCCUCUCUCAUAUAUUAGGAGGUUCUAUUUGUCAGUAUAUGACAAAAAUUAUGGUCAAUACGGGAUACUUGAUCCAACAUAAAAUGUUUCUCUUCCUAAGAACAAAUCUGAUCAUUUUACCAUUUUUUGCUCA